UUCCGGUGUCCCCUACACCAUGGCUGCCGCCGCCGCUGCUGCUGCCGGCGCUGGGGAGCCGCUGUCCCCCGAUGAAUUGCUCCCGAAAGGCGACGCGGAGAAAACUGAGGAAGAGUUGGAAGAGGACGAUGACGACGAGCUAGAUGAGACCCUGUCUGAGAGACUCUGGGGUCUGACGGAGAUGUUCCCGGAGAGGGUCCGGUCCGCGGCCGGAGCCACUUUUGAUCUCUCCCUCUUCGUGGCUCAAAAAAUGUACAGGUUUUCCAGGGCAGCCUUGUGGAUUGGGACCACUUCCUUUAUGAUACUGGUUCUUCCUGUUGUCUUUGAGACUGAGAAAUUACAAAUGGAGCAACAGCAGCAACUGCAACAGCGGCAGAUACUUCUAGGGCCUAACACAGGGCUGUCAGGAGGAAUGCCAGGGGCUCUGCCUUCACUUCCUGGAAAGAUCUAGAUUGUUACUGCUAUAUUUGAGCUGUCUCAAUGGGAGAAAUUUGAAAUUCAAUUAUGUUUGAACUGCUGAUUAUUUGGGGCGGGGGGUUAACUGUGGCACACUGAUCCAAAUCUGGUGGGAAGAAUUCUCCCCUCAUAGUCUCACAAAGACUCCCAACUUUCAACUGUACCCUCCACGCUGUCCUCAAUGUUUCUUCUGCCUCGCUCUGAUACCAGAAUGCAGCUAUGCAGACGGUUAUUCCAGCUCUGGCCACCUUACCCCUUCUAGUACAUUGCUCCUAACUGGAAGAUCUCCUCACUGUCUAUCUCAUUAUGGGGUAGAAAUGAUGCCCCACAAUGGGAGGAAAGGAUCCCUGACCAUUAAUGACUUUUGUUUCUUUCUUCUUUUUUUUUUUUUUUUUUAAAGGAGAUGUUGGGAAGGAACAUGCACAUAUUAUUAUUAAAACUGACAAAGUGCACUGUGGCUGUCUUGUAAAGCACCAGGAAGCCCCAUGUAUACUGAAGGGAGGCUGUUUUAUAGCUUCAGCCACAAAAUAGGGACAGUGAGUAUGGAGGACAGAGCAGAGGCUCGUUUCCUCUGCAUAUUUUGGCUAUUAGACCUGUGUGUAAAAAAAAGUCAGUGCUCACUUUUUGUAUUUAAAUAUUAAAAAUGAUUCCAACUCAAAGUGUCAUCCAUGUGUCUGUAAUAAGUACUUAAAAGUUACUUGUACCAUUUUUGAAGGUCAAAGAUAUACAAUGCCUCACAUUUCCUCUCAUCUAAGCUGGCAUCUCCAUCUCCACUGAUAAUUUCAAGGCCUAAAGUUAGUUAAAUUUUGAAAAAGAAAAUGCACUGUUUGCCAAGAACCUCUUAAUGACAACUUUGCACUGAAUUAAAAUAAUCAAUUCAGUUCCACCAACCUAAGCAAAGGGUCAGACCAGUGUUUUCGUAGUCUAUAGACAUUUCACAGUUAUAAACUUAUAGGAAGUAUUGAUUUCUAGUGUUGGGAAAAAGAACAUUUUUGUGCCUGCUUUAGUGAUUGGAGAAACUGAUGAUGAAGUCAGUUGUAGCCCCAUAUUUGAACUUUGCAGUUU